GUUAUCGUAUUUACGUUAUUCUGCCUGCUGGGGGGAGAUAGAUGUGGUAUACGUUAUAUCAUCCGAUAUAAUACGUGCUCCUUGGCGGCACAUUCUCUUUGCCUCGCAUCUCCAAUUGAGAGCGUGAGGGAAUAUUGAAGGGAAUUCUGUCGGCGAGAUACUUGCGGACCGGUUUCGUUCGGAGAGACAAACACCUGUAUGCAAGUUCUAUUUGUCUUGUUCGGAUCUAACGUUUGAAAAUGCCAGCGAAUAAAUUAGCUCUUUUAAGCGUGUCUGACAAGACUGAUCUGUUGCCACUGGCAAAAAAAUUACAUGAAUUUGGAUUGACUCUAAUUGCUUCUGGAGGUACUGCGCAGGCAUUGAGAGAUGCUAAGUUACCGGUGCGAGAUGUUUCUGAAGUUACAGGGGCACCUGAGAUGCUUGGUGGACGUGUGAAAACUCUUCAUCCUGCUAUUCAUGCUGGAAUUCUUGCCAGGUUGACAAAUUCUGAUGCUCAGGAUCUUCAGAAGCAAAGUUAUGACCUUAUCCAAGUAGUGGUUUGCAAUCUGUAUCCCUUCGUAAAUACCAUUUCGAAACCGAAUGUUACAGUCGAGGAUGCGAUAGAGAACAUCGAUAUCGGCGGUGUCACUUUAUUGCGUGCCGCUGCUAAGAACCACAACAGAGUUACAGUUAUCUGUGACCCUGCUGAUUAUGAAAAGGUCAUGAAAGAGAUGGAUAGUGCCACUGACAAGAACACUUCCCUGCAGACAAGGCAAACUUUAGCCCUGAAGGCAUUCACUCACACUGCCGAAUACGACAACGCUAUCUCGGAUUACUUCCGCAAGCAGUUUAGUGCCGACGUUUCUCAGCUCACUCUGCGCUAUGGCAUGAAUCCGCAUCAGAGGCCUGCACAGAUAUUCACCACUCUAGAGAAGUUGCCAUUAAUUGUGUUGAAUGGAUCACCCGGGUUCAUCAAUCUGUGCGAUGCAUUAAACGGUUAUCAACUGGUGAAGGAAUUGAAGUCUGCUCUAAACUUACCAGCAGCGACUUCCUUCAAGCACGUCAGCCCGGCCGGGGCCGCGGUUGGCGUUCCCUUGGACAGCAUACAAGCGAAGCUGUGCCAAGUGGAAGAUCUUUAUGAUCAGCUUACGCCCUUGGCGACCGCUUACGCUCGUGCGAGAGGUGCCGAUCGAAUGUCCAGUUUCGGUGACUUUGUUGCAUUGUCUGACCCAUGCGAUGUUGUAACGGCGAAGAUCAUAUCAAGGGAAGUCUCAGACGGCAUUAUUGCGCCCGGUUACUCCGAAGAGGCUCUUCAGAUACUGAAGAAGAAGAAAGGUGGCUCAUAUUGUGUACUUCAAAUCGAUUCUUCUUACGUACCAUCUUCUAUGGAACGCAAGACUCUGUACGGCCUAGUUAUGGAGCAGAAACGUAAUGAUGCGAUGAUCGACAAGUCGAUGUUCAACAACAUUGUUACGGCACCAAAAACUUUGACGGAGAACGCUAUCCGCGAUCUGAUUGUAGCCACUAUUACUGUAAAAUACACGCAGAGCAAUUCUGUCUGUUAUGCAAAAGAUGGGCAAGUGAUCGGCACAGGAGCGGGACAACAAUCUCGAAUUCAUUGCACUAGGCUGGCUGGAGACAAAGCAGAUAAUUGGUGGCUUCGCCAGCAUCCAAAGGUGACAGGAAUGAAGUUUAAGAAGGGUGUGAAAAGAGCAGAAAUCUCUAAUGCCAUUGAUAAUUACGUUAAUGGGUCCAUUGGAAAAGAUAUGGACGAAGCUAGUUGGACUGCCAUGUACGAAGUGAUUCCUGAAAAACUAUCGGAGAGCGAUAGAAUCGAAUGGAUCAAAAAGUUGGAUAAUGUUUCUUUGAGCAGUGAUGCUUUCUUCCCGUUUAGAGACAACGUUGAUAGAGCUAGACUUAGUGGUGUCAAGUUUAUUGUGAGUCCUGCAGGAUCAACAAAUGAUGCAGCAGUAAUUGAAGCUUGCAAUGAACAUGGAAUUGUACUGGCUCACACUAAUUUCCGAUUAUUCCAUCAUUAAAUUUGAGAGUUUUAUACGUACAUUGUUGCUACUUUUAUAUGAUGUAUCCAGUUAAAAAAUUUUUCCAAUUACUAUUACAGUUUGAUAUAAAAAGAAUGACAAAAUA